CCUCCUAGCGAAGUAUCGCUGCCGGAGCCGGAGUGACAAGCUAUCAGCUGCUAUCAGCUGUCAGGCGUCAGCCGUAGGACACGGGUGCGCCGGGGGCAAGUACGUGGUAACGGAAUAAGGAAUAAGAAAUAAAUUUGAGCGUUCUUGUCACGGCGGUACCACUAUAUAGGGCUCUAUUAUUUCGUAUCGUUAACGUUACCAUGUUGUGCCUCUAUCGUAUCGCUGUCGGGCGAUAAGAAAUUUAACAUGUAUGAACAAGCCGCGAGUAGCUGGGCCGUUGGCCUAUACUCCCUGCUCGAUCCAACGAAAUUCCUGCCGUUUCUCCCGAGUUUAUGGGACAAGCAAGCGAUCGGCUCGCGUUACCCAAACGACACGAAGGUACGGGAGACCGAUGUGCUCGUGGGAUAUCUCGUUCUAUUCUGGGUGAUACUGUACUUGGUGUACGAGAAGUGUCUUAACUCCCUGUUCAGGCGUAUGUGCUUUCCACUGGUCCAACGAAGCAGGAUAAUCGAGGCUGUGUGGAACUUCGGAUUCUGUUUCGGUAGUAUAUGUUACAUGCUGUCAUCGGCCAUGCAGCUCCUGAGCUUUUCACCUCAAGAGCAGGGAACGACGUAUCGGGAAUUGGGAGUCGCGCUGCACAAGAGCUUUUACUUUCAUCAAGCGGGAAUCGACGUACUGUGUCAUGGUGCUUGGAUAAAGGGCUGUGCAAACUUGCUCUUCGCAUCUUUCGUCCUGAAUCCAUAUCAGCAAAAUUAUAGGUGGUGUACAGUUACGAGUACCUUUCUAAUGUAUAAAACUAUUGACAUUGUGAUGGUUAAUAUCUGUCGGAUCUUGUUGUGCAUUUUUCAAACUGUUGGAAGACCAGUAUCUAAGCUGUUAUUUCUGUUACACUGCCUGACUUGGAUCUAUUUGUACUUGCAUUAUGUGCCUACAUUUGUACUUUGGUCAGAAGAAGUUAAAUAUGCAAGGACGGAACCUGGUUUGUGGCUUUGGUUUGCGGCAGAAUGCUUAGAUUCGGUAUGGUUAAGACUCAUUGGACACGCGAAAGCUACACAUUGGCUCGAGAUCUGUCUCUUUCCACCGCCAACGCAGGAAGCCAUUGAAUUGGCUGGUAUCCAUAAAAGGCACAGAGAAUCUUUGAGGAAAUGUAAUAAAAGAAGAGCAAAGAAAGUCGAAUUGUGGCAAACCUUAGUUUGCGCAAUGGCGAUUAAAAAGAAAAUUAAAAGGAUUCGUGAAGCUAAAAGCAAUAUAGGUGCGUCGACAAAAGAUCUUGAGGAACUGGAACCGUUUGAAACGCAAGUAGAUGGCGAGUUAGCGGAGAAUUAGAAGUUGUACUGAAAUAUUUGUGAAAAGUAGCAUUUGCAGAAUUUAUACCAACGACAAAAGAGUUUUACGAGUCUUUUUCAAACGAAUUUAUUGAUGAAAGAAUAGAUUUUAUUGUGAUGUUCAAAACAUCGAAUGCGCACGAAUUUUUUUUAAGAUUGUUUUGCCACAUCGAUGGCAUGCAUUAUUUUCAACGAGCACUAUUCUCUAUUGAGAUUCGUGUAUAGCUAUAUUUGUACGUAAUUAUAAAUUAGUGACUUAACAAAUGAAGCAAUUAAAGCUGUGUAUUCUGAGAGAGAUCAGAAUCAGAAUCAAUGUAAAAAGACUACUGCAAUUUUUAUAGAAAAAUUAAGUUUAUUUCAUAAUUUCGUAGAUGUACACCCGCUUAUGUAGAAAAUUCAUCGGCGUUUACGCGUUUAUAAUUUAGUUUAGGAUGUCUCGACAACAGUUAACUGGAUAAUCCAGUAACGUUACAAUCGAGUCGGAGGCGUUUUCUCGGAGCAAAUAUUUAGGAGUACUGUUGUUAAUCGCUUUGUUGAUCUAUACAAACUCAAAGCACAUAAAUAUUACACUAGUCAUAGAUGUAAAAUACGGUAUCGGUUCGUUGAAUGGCACACUUAUCCAAAUUGAAUAUACGUUCCUUCGUGUGAUAUAACUGCACAUAAAUCCUCGAAGUAAUAAGUUUGCGUUUGCGAAGCUGUACAUAUACGAUAUGUGACGCUAUAUUGUUAAUACGAAGUUAUAUUAUCGUGCAGUUUGCAUUUGCAUCGAUGGACGAUGUAGUGACAUCGUCACUAAUUCGCAGUAACAAAUUGAUUUUGGGUCACAUCAUAAAUUCGAUUACAGUGGCUUUGAUACCGGGUACCAUAUACCAUCCUUGUUUAUGGCAGUAAAUAGGUAAUGUGCAUUUUUGAGCAACGAAAUUGUUAUAUCGCAGUAAUUUUAGGGGCGGCGCUAGAGACGUACUUAACAUACAGUCUCGCUCUUAAAAUUGGCAGACAAAAUCCAGAUUUUCUUACAAGUGGAAUAUUGUUUGGUACUACGUUUUUUUCCCCCUAGAAAGAGAGCCCGUAUAUCUUUUAAACAUCGUAUUUUCUAAAUAUAUAUGUAUGCAGUGUUCUUUUCAAUUCUGGAUGAUGCAGAGAUAUUGUCCUGUUGUAUUUAAACUGUUGAUAAAUUAUUACUGUUGAUAAAUGUAUUAUAUAAAUGAAGACAACGACAAUUUAUUAGAUAAGUUUAAUCUUAUAGACACACUUACAAAAUAUCUUGUUAUAUUGUUUUAUAUCGUGUGUACGGGUUAUUUAUAUGUUUACGGAUGUAUAACCACCAGAGAGAGAUGCAAUUUGCGUUUAUUUGCAACUAUCACUGCGCUUAUUUCGAUAAAGUGUAAUCGUCAUCCUUAUUAUACGCACGUUCAUGACUCAAGCACUGUUUGUUGAACAAAAGAUAGGGAAGAAAUUCGAGCUAAAGUACUUUUAAACUUCAUUUCAAUGCUAUAACGAAUUAACGAUUAUAUAUGACCAAACGAUUGUAUUUAAUGCAUCGUAUUAAUGUCAUACCGCGACCGCGAAAACAAAUCAAUAAAUGAUGGUGCUUGCUGUUACACAUUCAUCUCUUUCUCUGUCUAAAUAUUCCGAAAGCACGAAAAUUUACGGAGAAACUUUCGUAUACCUUGAAGUGAUGACUGUGAUGAGUAAUUUAGAAAUGUCAAUUAAAUUAUACGUGUAUGUUAUUUAUCGACAAAAUUAUUAUAUUUCGAUUCCAAAAUGAUACAUUGUAGGAUUAAUAAAACUUACAAUUUACAUCCAGGUAAAUUAUCUAUCUAUAAUUAAAAUUCUUUAAUCGCGCGGCGGGACGCGCGCUCUAAAGAGUCUUUUUUUCGUUCUAAAUUAUAUCGAAACGUACAAAGUAUCAAACGACGAUUUACUACCUCAUAAUCCAUGAUUACAUGUGACACACUAAUAACAAAUUAUCGCGUUCGUAAUACUUAUUGUUUCCUUUUUCUCUUUUUGGCAAGAAUGGCGGCAGGUCGCCGUGUGUCGAAACGAAUUGGAAUUCAAUGGUAUCGGGGUAGGAAGACGACAAAAAUCAUGGUAGGGAAACACUGUCAAACAAUUCUUGUUAUCGUAUGAC